GGCGAAUCUUGCUGGACAAACGUUUUCUUAGGUUGCAGUUGCUUCGGUCCCUAAUCGCAAUAUGAGCUCACGGUGCUAAAUAUCUGCAGGUUAGGGGACGAAGCUCUCGCCGUCGGCUCAUUUCCCGGCGCCGCCGUUUAUCUUCAAUCAAACAGUCAGAAGCCCUUUAUAGGCGCUGAUUCUCCCAUUCACCCUUCUUUCUUCCACGCCGUUCUCCGCAUAUUGCCUUCUGAGGUUCGCUCUGGCCAUGGUUUUACGGCCGCGAGGGAUCUCAUGACGACGCCCUCAUCGAUCACCUCCAACGAGCUGAACUUUCUUGUUUUCCGCUAUCUACAAGAGUCGGGUUUCACGCAUGCUGCAUUUGCUUUGGGGUAUGAGGCAGGAAUCAACAAGACGGCGAUAGAUGGCAACUUGAUUCCCCCAGGUGCUCUUGUUACAUUCGUGCAGAAGGGCCUUCAAUAUGUGGAGUUGGAGGCAAACUUGGAUAGUGAUAAGCUAGAAGUUGAUGAUGACUUCUCUUUUCUACAACCUAUGGACCUUCUAACAAAAGAUGUUAGUGAAUUACAAAGAAUUAUGAAAGAGAAGAAGCAAAAUCUUCAGAAGGAAGCUGAGAAAGAAAGGCGCGAAAAGGAUAAAGAAAAACAAGAAAGGGAUAGGGAUAAAGCAGAAAAGGUUAAAGAGCAAGAAAGAGAGAAAGAUAGGGAAAAACAGCAGAAGGAGCAAAAAGAGAAUUUUGCUGAAGAUCUCGAUGAUAACAAGGCAAAAGGAAAAUCUGAAGAAAAUGGAGUAUGUGGUGGCCCUGAACCAAUGGAUAUAACCCCUACCCCACAGUUUGUGGCUUCUGAAAUUCACAGUUCUGAAGUAACCAUUUUGGAAGGCCAUGGUUCUGAGGUUUUCGCCUGUGCAUGGAGCCCAACAAGUUCUCUUCUGGCAUCUGGGUCUGGCGACUCGACAGCACGGAUUUGGGCUAUUCCUGAUGGUCCUUGCGGCUCUAAUAUGCUUCCUCCCCAAGUGCAUGUCUUGAAACAUUUCAAGGGUCGAACAAAUGAGAAAAGCAAAGAUGUGACCACGUUAGACUGGAAUGGUGAAGGAACAUUGCUUGCAACUGGCUCUUAUGAUGGACAAGCGAGAAUUUGGAGCAAGGACGGGGAGCUAAAGAAUACUUUAGCUAAGCAUAAAGGUCCAAUAUUUUCCUUGAAAUGGAAUAAGAAAGGUGAUUUUCUUCUCAGUGGAAGUGUGGAUAAAACUGCUAUUGUGUGGGAUACAAGGACAUGGGAGUGCAGGCAACAGUUUGAAUUUCAUUCAGCUCCUGCUCUUGAUGUUGAUUGGAGAAAUAAUGUUUCUUUCGCAACUUGUUCCACGGACAACAUGAUUUAUGUCUGCAAGGUAGGGGAGGGACGCCCAGUUAGAGCAUAUGCGGGGCACCAGGGUGAAGUCAAUGCUAUUAAAUGGGAUCCAACUGGUUCUUUGUUAGCUUCAUGCUCUGAUGAUGGAACAGCGAAGAUAUGGACCCUGAAGAAUGAUAAAUGCUUGUAUGACUUUAGGGAUCACGUUAAGGAGAUAUAUACAAUUAGAUGGAGCCCCACAAGCUCGGGCACGAACAACCCUAAUCUGCCGCUAAUACUGGCUAGCGCUUCGUUUGACUCGACCAUUAAGCUAUGGGAGAUGGAUCGAGGUAGUCUUUUGCACAACCUGAAUGGUCAUAGGCAACCUGUAUAUUCUGUGGCCUUCAGUCCAAACGGUCUGUUUCUGGCCAGCGGCUCGCUCGAUCAAAGCCUCCAUCUAUGGUCUGUGAAGGAAGGGAAGCUGAUCAAAACAUACAGUGGCGGUGGGGGGAUUUUUGAAGUCUGCUGGAACAAAGAAGGAAACAAAAUAGCUGCCUGUUUCUCUAACAACACGGUUUGCGUAAUUGAUUUCAGAAUGUAAAAUCUUUAAUUGUUGUGGUUUUGUUGCAAUUUCUUCAGCUUUGGUUAGGCCUAACUGUAACUUUUGUAGUAGCUUUCGCUUUCUCCAAUGCAACUAAAGCUGUGUUGGAUUGUAAUGUUGCCUUUGUUGUUACUGAAGACAAUUUAUAAAUCAAUGUGUAUUAUCAAUGUUGCCUCUUUUUGAGGGCCUCAUUUUA